CCCUGCCCCAUGCAGUUUUACCCCACGUAGCACAUAAAUCGCCACCUGUCCCCUCUACGUGGCUGCUGCUCACCGAGACUCAUCAACACUUACCCUGCACAUCGGUAAAAACGCCCUUCUUCACCUCCCUUAUAUACACCCCCCCAACCUCCAUCCAUUUCCCACAAAUUUAGUUUCAAAAACCAACACUCAAAAAUGGCUCCAAAGAAAUCUCCCAAGAAAAAAGCCGUGGGAGCCGUCGUCAAGACCACCACCAAAGUCAUCCAAGAAACAGUUCAAGUCUCAGUCAUCCAAACCAAGCCCAAGCCACAACAAGAAACCCCCCAAACUGAAAACAACAAAAAUGGUCCCAAAGACAUAGAAAUCCAAGAUGUCACAACUCCCACCCCAACACCAAAGAAAGCCACCAAGACCAUCCCUACUCAAGACACGGCCAAAAAGACCAAAAAGGACAGCGCGCAAGGGGCCACCAAGAAGCGGAAGAGGAGCGUAGAAGGGUAUAAGAGGUAUGUUUACAAGGUUCUGAAGCAAGUGCAUCCAGAUAUAGGUAUAUCUUCGAAAGCUAUGACAAUAGUCAACAAUUUGAUGACGGAUAUGUUCGAGAGAUUGGCUGAUGAGGCGGCGAGGCUUACGAAGUACACGAAGAAGAUGACGUUGUCGUCGAGGGAGAUUCAAGGCGCCGUGAAGCUGGUGCUGCCGGGGGAGCUGGGGAAGCAUGCGGUGGCGGAGGGGGCGAAGGCGGUUACUAAUUAUGUUCAAUAUGCUUCUGGACCUUCUAAACCCUAGUUUUGAUAUGUGCAUUUUGAACUUUUUAUGUGUAUCUUUGUUAGGUUCUUUGAAUUUGUUACCUAAUUUCGCAGAGUAGGGGUAGGGUAAUUUCUGUUGGUGGUAUGCUAUUUUGUUUUCUUAUUUGGAUUCGACUUGCUAUAUAUUUCGUGAUUAUAUUAUCUGUGGCUUUGAUUUUUGAUGUCAUGCUUCGAGGCAAUUUCUGUAGGAUUAAAAUCAGUACUAAAUAUUAUUUGAAGUAUAUAUGGCGAGAUAUGGAAUGGA